AUGCCACAAUAUUUGUUGUCGUUCACUUUUCAAGUUAUCCCUGAUGCCAUUGACGCCAAGCAAUCACCUAUCCCUCAGCCUUUCACUCGGGAAGCAAGAAAGGCUCAAGGACAGCUACAUAAAUUCCGCAAGAACCUACCCGUCAGUCAACCUGCCAAAGGUCUACUGUCCCCUGAAAAUGACAAUCCAUGUACACCACUGCUUUCCUCCAUAAAUCCUUGGUACUGCCAGGUCACGUGGAUCCUUUUUAACAUCAACACCAGUCUUGCCCCUAUCAUCAGCGUUGUCUACUGGUCACUGGUUCACGACUUCACUUCAGGUGACAAAACCAACAUCUUUUCUCUUGCAGGCAUCUCAAACAUCCAAGUACACGCCUUGAACAUUGUCGUCGUUUUCAUCGACCUCAUGGUGUCGGCCUACCCGGUCAAGAUCGUUCACUGUAUCUUCACAAUGGGACUCGGUUUAAUCUAUGUAGUGUUUUCGUUGAUAUAUUGGGCUGCAGGUGGACUGAAUCCCAUGAACGGCACCAGAGCUCUGUAUCCCAUCCUGAAUUGGGAGAAGAUACCUGGGCUAUCCUGUUUAUUUUUACUUGGCGUGAUAGUCAUCAUGGUGUUGGUGCAAUGUGGAAUAUAUGGGCUCUAUAGACUAAGGUUCUUCAUGGUUCAAAGGCUGUCGAGUACUUUGGAGUCAAAACAAAAAUGAAACAUAACUCUAACAAAUCAAAAGAACGUGUUUGUCGAUUGCACUCCGAUUACUGUCUUGUGUGAACUGUCCUGAUGGCUCUGCAAUUAUGAUUACCCCAUCAAUUACAAGGUACCCAUUU